AUGAUUUCUCCACAGGUGUCGUGGGUGCGCCGGCGUCCUGGGUCUGAGGAACUGCAGCUGCUGACGGUGGGCCGGCAGACGUACUCUGGGGACGAGCGGUACGCCGUCAGCUUCCAGUACCCGGACAACUGGAGGCUCACCGUCAAGGACUCCCGACCAGCGGACCAGGGCGACUACGAGUGCCAGGUGUCCACGCACCCGCCGCGCACUGUGCGUUACAACCUCCUCAUCAGGGCACCCGAGGUGGAGAUUGUGGACGAGCGCGGCCGACCACUGAGCGAUAAGUACUACGAGCCCAACAGCACCAUCCAGCUGUCGUGCGUGGCGCGACGCCGGCAGCCGGUCACCUGGAGGCACGGUGACGUCACUCUCAACUACGGCACGCCUAGAGGUGGCAUUAGCGUGCGGACCGACCUGAGCCCCGGAGGCGCCAACAGCUCUCUGUUGGUGGCGCGCAUCGGCAGCGGCGACGCGGGGAACUACACGUGCGCCGUCUCGCCGUCAGAGUUCGCCACCGUCACUGUACACGUUCUCGAUGGCGAGCAUCCAGCGGAGCUGCACCUCAGCCUCAGUCCGACGAUGCCCAGCAGGUGGCCGCUGUGCUCGUUGCUGCUGCUUCUGGCUCUGGUCCUGAGGAUGGGCAGCUGAACGCCGACCCGCUGCUGUUGCCGCCUCGGCGGGAACAGCGUGCCGUCACCGCGGGCUCUGCACCUCAGGGACACUAACCUGAACAGUUUAGUGAGACGUUGUACUCGAGCGGCUGAGAGGAAACAUAUAUGCUCUUACUGAGAUUCUAUCCGACAACUACUGGUAUAAAUUGACCUCUUGUCUUUAUGACGUCAAAGAAACGGAAAGGAUGUGUUACUUUAGAUUCCAUGUUAAUGUGAGGAGAGCCACUAGGUGUCGCAGGAUAUAAAAGCUCCUGUGACAACAGUGUGAAUCAGUUUAAUUGGAGAUCUUACCGCCACAUAAGGCUUGUUAAUCUCAAAGUGUCAACAACUGUAAAUCAGUGUGAGGUUAAUCUCUCACCAUAUGGCUAUAACUGCUAAUAUGGACUGAAAAAUCAGCUCAGUAAGUUAUGUUCCCUAUCUAUUUUGUAGGGGAACUGCUAUCAUACAAUACCCAUGAAGGAAAGUAAUCAAACGUCAAUUUACUGGGAGUCGUAAUAUAUUGUCUAUAUACUGUAUUUAAAAAGUCUGGAUGGAACUAUUAAAGUAAUUUCUGUAUAACUUUUAUUUACUUUUA